AUGGCAAGUCAACAAAAUGGCGCCCAGCCACCACAACAGGGCGGGGAGAAGAUGGAGACCGAUCAACAGGACGAGCAAUUAUCCGAGGAGAUUCUAAAGAUGUCGCCUGAAGAUCUCCGACAACGACAACACCUUUUGGACACGGAGAUCAGGAUCAUGCGAUCAGAGGUUCAACGCAUCAAUCACUCCGUGCAAACACUCAAGGAUCGUAUCAAAGAAAAUACGGAACGAAUCAAGGUAAACAAAACGUUGCCGUAUUUGGUGUCAAACGUGGUCGAGUUGUUGGAGCUGGAGGAGAACUUUGAAGAAGAGGGAGCAAACGUCGACUUGGACGCGCAUAAGACCAAAUGUGCUGUGAUCAAGACGAGCACUCGGGCCACCUACUUCUUGCCUGUGGUCGGUCUUGUGGACCCAGCAGAGCUGAAGCCGGGCGAUCUUGUCGGUGUCAACAAGGACUCCUACUUGGUUCUGGAGAAACUGCCAGCCGAAUAUGAUUCUCGUGUGAAGGCGAUGGAAGUUGACGAGCGACCCAGUGAGCAAUACUCUGACAUUGGUGGUUGCGAUAAACAAAUUCAAGAACUUAUCGAAGCCGUCGUGUUACCAAUGACUCACAAGGAUCGUUUCGUCAAUCUCGGCAUUCAUCCACCAAAAGGCGUUCUUCUUUAUGGACCUCCAGGGACUGGCAAAACGAUGAUGGCACGUGCGGUUGCCGCGCAAACAAAGUCGACCUUCUUGAAGUUGGCCGGACCACAACUUGUGCAAAUGUUCAUUGGAGAUGGUGCUAAAUUGGUUCGCGAUGCUUUUGCCCUAGCCAAAGAGAAGGCCCCAGCCAUCAUUUUCAUCGAUGAGUUGGACGCUAUUGGAACAAAGCGUUUCGAUUCGGAAAAGGCCGGUGAUCGUGAAGUGCAACGGACGAUGUUGGAAUUGCUCAAUCAGUUGGACGGAUUCCAGCCAAAUGAUGAAAUCAAGGUUAUUGCUGCUACAAAUCGCAUUGAUGUCCUUGAUCCAGCAUUGCUUCGAUCCGGACGUUUGGAUAGAAAGAUCGAACUUCCUCAUCCAAAUGAAGAGGCGCGGGCUCGAAUAAUGCAAAUUCACUCGAGAAAGAUGAAUGUUCACAAAGAUGUAAACUUCGACGAGUUGUCCCGGUGCACUGAUGACUUCAAUGGGGCGCAAUGCAAGGCGGUUUGCGUGGAGGCGGGUAUGAUCGCCCUUCGACGUGACGCUCUCGAGGUGCUGCACGAGGAUUUCAUGGAUGCAAUUCUCGAGGUGCAAGCCAAGAAGAAGUCGGCUCUUAAUUAUUACGCU